GUUUUGUUUAUCAUUUUUCCUCAUGUGUCUGGUUGUGUUUAUAUUUCAAUGUCUACAUCUGGAAAUCCAAUCGUUUUCUUGGAUGUCAGAAUAGGAACAGAAAAAUGCGGGAGGAUUGUGCUGGAGCUGUUCGCGGACGUCGCCCCGAGGACGGCGGAGAACUUCCGCGCCCUGUGCACGGGCGAGAAGGGGGCCGGCGCCUCGGGGCGGCAGCUGCACUACAAGGGCUCCGUGUUCCACAAGGCCGUGCUGCAGUUCAUCAUCCAGGGAGGCGACAUCACGCACUUCGACGGCUCCGGCGGGGAGAGCAUCUACGGAGCCACCUUCCCAGAUGAAUGUUUCACAGUUAAGCACGACCGGCCCGGGGUGCUCAGCAUGGCCAACGCCGGCCCGCACACCAACAGCUCCCAGUUCUUCAUCACCACCGGGGCGUACCCGCACCUGGACAACGUGAACGUGGCCUUCGGGGAGGUGCGGGCAGGCCUGGGCGUGGUGCUGGAGGUCAGCGCUCAGCCCACCGAGAAGGACCGGCCGGUGCUGGACUGCGUGGUGGAGGACUGCGGGCAGCUGGCGCCCGGCCAGGAUUGGGGCGUGGCGGAGAGCGACGGCACGGCAGACGUGUACCCUCCGUUCCCGGAGGACUGGCACCAGGACGCCAGCCGUCCGCCCAAGGUGGAGGCCGUCGAACGUGUUGUGCUGGACAUCAAAGCCUCCGGAAACAGUUACUUCACCGCGGAGAACUACGUGGAUGCCAGCCGGAAGUACAAGAAGGCAUUGCGCUACAUCGACUGGUGCCACAAGCACGCGGGCUCGGAGGAGCGCCGGCUGGCGAGGACCAAGCUGGCUUGUCUGCUGAACCUGGCGGCCACCAAGCUGAAGGUCAGCCUCUACCGAGAGGCCCUGAGCCUGUGCGACAAGGCGCUGCAGCUGGACGCGGACUGCGCCAAGGCCCUGUACCGGCGCGGCCAGGCGCGGAUCGGCCUCAACGACUACGAGGUGGCGCUGAGCGACCUGCGCGCGGCGCUGGCGCUCCUGCCCAGCAACAAGGACAUUGUGGCGGAGAUCGGCUCCGUCAAGAAGCUCAUCAGCAGCUACUUGGUGCUCGAGAAAGUUCGCUUCGAGAAAAUGUUCAAGUGAGGAAACUGGUCGCUUCUACGCUGCUCAUCGAUAUAUAUUUUGUCGUUACAGGCAAUUUACAUUUGUAACAGACUCGUGCAAACCUACUUAGACCUUUUACUGAAUGUAUUUGUUGGGUCCAUUUUAACGUUUACUGUUUUUCCUUAACAAAUAAAAGCUAAGGAAGGAGUGUUUUAUAUGUGUAUUAAAACUUUUUUUUUUUUAUAAAAUGUUAAAGAAACAGAAUUAAA